AUGGCCUCAGAAGAAUACCCUACAAGCGUCUCUGGCGGAUGUCUCUGUGGCUCAGUUCGCUACAGGCUGACAUUUCCAUCUGGCCAUGACUGGAAGAGAAGCUGCCGUAAGAAUGGUGGCUCUCUCAUUGCAUGGCUUCAGUCAGUCCCUGCCUCCAGCGUAGAGUUCACCUCUCAGGCGACGCUAUCGCGAUACCACGCGUCACCAGACGCAGCGCGGGGCUUCUGUUCCAGUUGCGGCAGCUGGCUCUUCUGGCGCAAUGAAAAGUCGGAAAAGAUCAGCAUGUCUGUUGGAGCAUUUGACAAGGAGGACCUCAAAAUCUGGGGCCAGCAGUUAUCGUAUUCGAAGGUCCAUCUUUGGUCCGAGGAUGCGAUCGAGGGUAUCACGGAUCAUUUGCCUGGAGAGAAAUGGAAGUAUGAUAAUCAAGGAGAAGGGGCUGAGAGGAUAGCAUGA